AUGUUAUCCACCAACCCCCAGAAGGUCCUUAUGGACGUGGAAUGGAUGACGAGCCUCUCGGCUCUCAGGACGUUCGUUGAACAUUGCGGUCGGACUUCUUUUUCGUUCGAGAACAGAGCAAAUUUUAGUACACAGGCCAAUCGCGUCGAGGGCAUACUCACACUCGAGAACGGGGAACUAACCAUUUGUCUGGAGAAUAAUGCGAAAGCCAGUUUCGUUUCUAAGCGGCACUCCAUGGUGUCGUUUAACAUGCCAAAGAAUGGGAAUUUUCUCAAGGCUUUUGACAAUGCACGGGCGACCUUCCGAACUGAGUGGAUGGCACCGGAAGAAAGCAAGUCAAUGCUGUAUCAGCAGUAUGAAAUGGCCAGGGCACAACUGGCUGAGGAAAACUUAAAGAUCCAGCAGGGCGCCCACGCUCAAACGGUAGGAUCACACGAACGCAUUAAUCAACUGCAGCAACAGAUUAACACGUUGGAAUCGCAGAAAAACCAGCUGUGCGAGGAGAACAAUCAGAUGCAAGCCCAUAUCAACUAG